CAUAUUCCGUCCUCUGCCCCCUCUCUCUCCUCUUGUCGUGGGUUUUACAAAACCCAAUCGUCAAAACUGACCCUGGAAGUCCCUCUUAACCUUAACCUUUCCGAGAGAGUGUACAAGAAAAAGCAGAGAAAACCCUUGUCUGGGAAGCUGCUCCUGCAGUAGCCUAGCACCAAUUUCCCUGGGCAACCUUCACAAAUCUCAUGAAGGCGAGAAACCCAUUUCACGCACCUCAAAUAUAGUCAAUCUUUUACCUUUCUGCGCCCUUUGCGUUAUCCAUGACCAGUUUACUGAAACUUAGGAAGCCUCAUUUCCUCAAAUGUGUUUCUUUAUAUUGCUCAGGAAACAACUCUUCAUCACCAAAAUCGAAUCUUUAUGUUAAUGGGUCACUCCACAUUUUACAACUCUUUAGAUUUUGUAGAGUAGAAAGGGCUGUGAAUUUGAGAAACGGCGGAGAUCUUGGUGAACUAGCUAAGAAGUCCCGUGUUGUUAGAAGGGAAGCUCAAGCUGCUUUGUUAGACUACUUGCAUUCCACUAGGAGUUUGCAGUUUAUGGAUGCUGAGAAUAUGAGCAAGAACACCCCCGAGUUUCUGGAUAGGUUGUUGAAGAAGGUGGAUAUUAAUGAUGGUGACGUUAGCCGGUCGUUGACACGGUUCUUGAGGUACCAUCCUAUUAAUGAAUUCGAACCCUUCUUUGAAAGCAUAGGCUUGGAUCCUUCUGAGUAUUCAUCAUUUCUUCCCCGCGAUUUGAUGUUUUUAAGUGAUGAUCAGUUGUUGUUGCAGAACUACUGUGUGCUGUGUAAUUAUGGAAUUGCGAGGAAUAGGAUUGGAAAGAUUUAUAAGGAAGCUAUGGAGGUUUUUAGGUAUGAUUAUGGGAUUUUGCAAUCAAAGCUUCAGUCUUUUCAGAAUUUGGGGUUAAAUCAGUCUCUUGUUGUUAAGAUAAUUGCUUCAAGUCCUUACCUUUUGAGGGGAGAUGUCAACCCGGAGUUUCUUAAGGUCUUAGAAAAGUUAAAGAAAUCAGGGAUUGGGUACAAAUGGCUUGAGGAGCAUUUAUCUGAAGGGAAUUCGUAUAAUUGGAAAUGUAUGCUUGAGCUCAUCUGUUUAUUAGGUGAGUUGGGCUUGACUGGAGAUAUAUUAGGAGAAGUAAUUACACACCAUCCUGACCUUGUGCUUGAGCGCUCUGGACGUAUUACCUUUUGCUUAUUUGUGUUCUUGUUGAAAUUCGGAUCCACACCGAGUGAUAUACAAAAUCUGUUUCUUCAGUUUCCACAUAUAUCAGUUGUGAAGUUCACAAAUAAUUUAUGUCAGUGCUAUAAGUUUCUAGUUGAAAUAAAAAUGUCUGUUCAAGAUAUUGGUUGGAUGGUCCGUUCAUACCCACUACUGCUGGGUACAUGUGAACUCAAAAAAGUUACAAGCUUAUUGGGUACAUUGAACUGUGGACUGAACCAGCUCUGUCAAAUGGUCAAGGAUGAUCCAUAUGUGUUAAAGAAAUGGGUCCUUGGAGUGAGAGUUGAUCGGCUACCAGGGCCAAAGAGGGUUUUAAAAGUAAGAAUGUUGAAGACUAAGUUUCUAUUAAGCCUAGGCUUUGUUGAAAAAUCAAAGCAACUGGAAAGGGCCCUGAAAGUGUUUCGAGGAAAGGGGGUUGAACUCCAAGAGAGAUUUGAUUGUUUAGUGAACAAUGGUUUGAGUCGUGAAGAUGUCAUAGAGAUGCUGAAAGUAUCUCCCCAAAUUCUUAACCAGUCGAAGGAUGUCAUUGCAAAAAAAAUUGAGUUUUUUGUAAAAGACAUGGGAUACCCAGUGUCUGCUCUGGUUGCUCAUCCAGCACUUGUCUCUUAUAAAAUUCAGAGGGUAAAGCUUAGGCUUCUGACUUAUAAAUGGCUCAAAGAUCAAGGAGCAGUACACCCGAAGUUGGCCUUAAGCACUCUCUUCUCAUGCUCAGAGGAAAUAUUUGUCAGGAGUUAUGUAAACUCUCAUCCUAGAGGGCUUGAAUUUUGGGAGAGCCUGAAGAAAAAGAUAUAUUAACAGUGAGUGGAAAAAUCAGUGUUUACUAGCUUUGUUACUAGAGCCUCCAUGGAAAUGCAGGGUUUCCCUAAAGCUAAGUCUUCUGCAAAUGAACUGUGAUGCUUUUCCGUAGCUCCAAAUUUUGAGUUCCAUGAACAUAAUCUGGAGAAGGCAAACCAAAUGUAAGAUCAGUUCCAGUUUGAGGUCAAUGGAUGUAGCACAAGAAACAACCUCAUCCUCAAGGAUGUAAAAUAAUGGCUGUAUCAGGACAUAGUUGACAAUGUUUUCACGUUAUAAUAAUUAUUCGCAACUAAUAAGGAGCACUAAAUUGAGACACACCACAGAAUCCCUGAGAGACAACCUAAGGGAAGCGACCAACGUUGUUGCUGACUCAUUUAAAAGACAACGCUGUGGUUGCAAAGCAGAUAAAAUCUCAUUCUCCGUUGCGCAGAAGAGCGCGUGUGAUUAGGAAUUGGAGGAACACAUUACCUCGGCGUUCAUCAAGCGAGGACGGGGAUGAUUCUUUCGGACAUGAAACAUCCUUGUACAAAAUGAUAAUUUAAUCAACAGCUACCAAAAUCAUAUCAAGAAUACAUGCAACCAUGAUUGUCUGAAGAACAAAGGGGGGAAUAGAGUUGUACAGUCUUCCCUCUGUUUCAUUCUGAUAACUCUUCCUCUUUCUGCUUCACAGGAGAAUACAAAUCUGGUCGUGAACUAUACUUACAGUUUUGACAGGCCAAGAAUGUCCAUACUAGAAUUCCCCCAUUCUUGAAUUCAAGAUUCAUUCUCUCUCCAUGUUGUCUUCUUUAAGUUUUCCAGGUUUCUUGUAGUGUCCAAUUCAUGAUGAAAUUUGGGCUUUUAUAGAACAGUUGUACGAAAAGAGUUGGACAAGCUCAACAUUGUAGGAACAGACAGACAAUGGCCCAAUCACAGGGUCCAAACCCAAUCAUGAGUUUGUGGCAACCAGCUGCUUAAAACGUGUGGUCCCCUUUCAAGAAAAAGAUUGAGACAGCCCAACAAAGCGAUAGGGGCUUUUCGGUCAUUUACCCACAAAUUUUAUAUCUAUA